AUGUCGAAUAGUUCAAUUUAUCUUAAAGCUCUACCCUCGUGGUUCGUUCAACCAGCCGCAAAAUGGGCCUGGAUCUCCCUUUCUGCCUUUGCUACACUCCAAGGACACUUCAAUCGAACAAUCUUUGAUGCACCUUGGGCAGGCCAAGUGAGCGAUUCCUCGCUAGCCCAAACGUUGCAAAACAUCAACACAACCGACUUCGUGGUCUAUGAUUCCAAAUUCUUCAGUAUCAUAGGCGCCGAAGCCACGAUUGAGCAUGUCCAGAAGCUCGCUUACCAAUCCCACGAGGCACCCUGUUACAUCCAAAAUACCAGACAGCUGUUUUUUGUUGAAUGGGGACCACCCGGUGGCGUUGAUGGCAUUCACAAAUGGCAAUAUCUGCUGGAUGUGGAUACCAAUAGCCUCAAGAAGAUCGUAACUGACCCGCCAACCUUGAAUGCCCACGGCUGUGUGUCAUACCAGGAUCACCUUUACGUUGCGACCGAUGGAGCUGGAAGCAGUGAGAGCGUUAGUCUGGUGCAAAUUGAUCCUGUGUCUUUGAAGAAAAAGGUUCUUCUAAACAACUUCUUCGGGCAGCCGUUUGCUGGGUUUAAUGAUCUAGAGAUGGAUCGAGAAGGGAACUUCUACCUGACAGACUCUAAAUCAGGAUGGGGCCGUGAAAUCGUCAACUUCGCCACUCCAACCAACCCAUCCAUCUACUUCGUCAACAACACGACAAUGCAGUCGAAGAUUAUCUGGACAACAGACGGUAAUGCAAAUGGAGUAGCCAUCUCUCCAGAUGGAAAAACGCUGUACAUUCCGGAUACAGGCGUCUCCAAUCUCCGACCCUCGAACAAGAAUCCCUACGGCAAACGAAUGUUAUGGGCAUUCGACAUAUCCGGAUCAGGAGCAGUGCUCGCCAACAAGCGUUCCGGUGAUGGAGUGGAUGUGAUUGAUCCGGAGACUGGAUUUGUGCUGGGGAGUAUUCGGGUUGGAGGGGGAUCAAACGUGGCAGUGAGCCUGGCAUUUGGGGAGCAUGAGAUGUGGAUUGUUGAAGACCCCCAAAGCCACACCAGCAAAGAAAUCCGUGAAAAUCGUCAAAAACCAGAACCAUGGGAUUUGAGGAACUCCUCCAAAGAAGUGAGCUGGUGUGCGGAUGCCCAGGGUUGCGUAGCUGCCAAGAUACAGAAGCGAUUUUCGAUAUUUACCAGACAACCAAUGGAUGACUCCGACAUUACCCUCAACCGCCAAAUUGGCGUUGAAGCUAUACGGCCUGGCUGCUAUCGCUCUGUUGUCAAUCCGACACGAAUGGGCAAGCUCUCAUCGACUGCAUUCGGAGGGAAUUUGUUGGCAAUUGCGGUGAAUUCGACAUACCAGACUGUUUCACAUCUUCAUCACUUAUAUUCCAUUUGCGGGCAUUUCCUCCGUCCCGCCACAACAGACCGCAAGUUGAUUUGCGAGGUGCAAAAUGUACGGGAUACCAGGAGCUUCCAGACGCGAGUCAUAAGAGUCAGUCAGGAAGCAGAUGAUGGUUCGAUGAGAGCGUGCCUCGUCGCAUCGGCGGAUUUCCAUGUCGAGGAGCCUGCAUCUAUGGUCACAUACAGCGUUCUCCCGCGAUCUAGCGAUUCUGCGACUCCAGUGCCGGUCAAUACGAAGAGUUCUGCGCACCAUGGAUAUGGCCUUUACAAGUAUAUCGAGAAAUUCACGGAUGUUCAACCAAUCUUGUUUCAAGAAGGCGAUACAGAUCGAAUUCCAGAGACCGCUCCGUCAGUGAUAUCCAGCGAAAGAUUUCGAGUGCGUGGUCCGCUGGAAAGUCAGGCUGAAGAGCUGUCCGCUCUUGCUUUCUACAUGGAUCGAGGUCUUGCGUAUAUCCCUGCGGAUCAUAGCGGGUACGAGUUGCUAGACGCAAGUGCUUGUGCCACUUUGGAUUUUGCUCUACGGAUAUUCAGGCCACAAAUUACCCUAAAGAAUUGGCAUGUCUCGGAACAGCGAACUGCUGUUGCAAACAAUGCCAGGGCUUUUAGUGAGGGGCGAGUGUGGGAUGAGAAUGGUAUUCUCGUUGCCAGUAUGACCCAGCAAACUAUGCUGCGUCCUAAACCUGGGUUUAUACCGCGGAUCUGA